AUGUCAACAGUCACAAAAUACGACGCCAUAAUAGUCGGGUCAGGACAAUCUGGCACCCCACUAGCCACUGCAUUCGCGACAGCUGGCCAAAAAACAGCACUCAUAGAACGCGAUCAUAUCGGUGGAUGCUGUAUAAACGAGGGUUGUACGCCAACGAAAACACUGAUUGCAUCAGGUCGCGUCGCGAAUCUCACCCGUAGGGGGCCGGACUAUGGCAUACACGCUUCCAAUACUAAAACCGGAGUGAAUGAGGUCGUGGCCGACAUGCUCAAGAUACGCCAACGAAAACGCGACAUCGUCUCUUCAUUUCGCAGCGGGAGCGAGAACAGACUUAAAGAUGCUGGUGUGAAUGUCCUGAUUGGUGAAGCAAGCUUCGUUGACAAGAAAACCCUUAAAUGUAAAUAUAGCGAUGGUACAGUCACGACUGUUCAGGGUGAGAAGAUAUUUGUUAACGUUGGAGAACGACCGUCAUCUGUACGCUUUGAGGGGAUCGAGUCGCUUGAUCGAAAAAGGGUGUUGGAUUCUACCUCAAUUCAAGAGCUCGACGAGAUUCCUGGCCACCUCGUGGUUAUCGGCGGAGGAUAUGUUGGGUUGGAAUUUGCACAGCUGUUCCACAGACUGGGUUCGCAGGUCACUAUCAUCCAGCGUGGGCCUCAAUUAGUCCCGCGCGAGGACGGGGAAAUUGCCCACAUGUUACAAGAAAUUCUUGAGGCGGACGGUCUCACAGUACAUACGAACUCCCGCCCUGUGAGGAUUGCGCAGUCAACUAGUGGCUUUGCUCUCAGUAUCCACACCGACAAUGGUGAUCAAACAAUCCAGGGAACACAUAUCCUAUCCGCUGUCGGUCGCAUUCCGAAUACAGACAAGUUGAAGCCAGAAGCUGCAGCUAUCGACACCGAUAGUAAAGGAUACAUUCUGACAAACGAGUACCUUGAAACUUCGUCUCCUUCAGUUUUCGCAAUUGGCGACGUGAAGGGGCCCCCCGCGUUCACGCAUAUCUCAUACGACGAUUCUCGUAUCAUUCGGUCUAAUAUUCUGACACCAUCUUCUAUGAAGCUCUCUAUCAAACAGCGCAUUGUCCCAUAUGUCGUGUACACAGAUCCACAGCUGGCCCACGUCGGCCUCCAUGAGAAGGAGGCUCGUGCACAGUUUCCUAACAAGAAGAUCCAGACAGCGAAGAUGCCAAUGGCAUACGUCGCGCGCGCAUUGGAGACAGACGAGUCAAGAGGAGGGAUGAAGGCUAUUGUGGAUGGCGAUACAGGGCUAAUACUUGGGUUCACCUGUCUAGGUCUCGAAGGUGGCGAAAUAAUGAGCAUUGUUGAGAUGGCGAUGAUCGGAAAAACUCCCUAUCAAAAAUUGCAAGAUGCAGUCUGGGCGCACCCGACUCUUGCGGAGAGUCUGAACAACAUAUGGGGAUACUUGGACUGA